AUGACAUAAGGUCAUUCACAUCUAAUUAUGUUUAUCGAAAAUUAUGCUAUUAAACUAUUGAGUUUUAAUUUCUAGUGCAUUAAAAAACUUUUCUUUAUUGUAAUUUAAUAAGAGGAACUUCCCAAUUAAUCAAUAAUAGUAAUCCAUAAACAUAUACUAAUUUAGGAUUCAUGUCAAUUAGGAUCGGUGAAAUUAGAUUCCAUUUUCAUAAAAAUUAAAUAUGAAUAUUGGAAGAAGAUUUUAUAUGAAAAUAAACCGAGAAUUAGAAAUUUGGAUUUGUAAGUAAGAAUGGAAAGUAUGUCAAUUAGAUCAGGAAAUAAGGAGAGUUUCUAACUGAAUAAUCUAUAAAUUAUGGAAUUAGUUCUUUAUUUGGAGCAAUAAGUAAUGAUGGAGAGUAUUCGAUCACUUGGGAUACUAAAUUAAAGUAAAUAGGAGAUAUUAAGAAUAAUGAAAAUAUAUCUUUAUAUCCAUAUAUAAUAUAUGAAUAAUCAAUAUAUAUAUAAAUGUGA